AUGUCACGAUAUCGAUUCAGAAAGGCGCGGAGUAAUUGGCCGAUGGGAAAUGACAAUUCUCGUUGGGAGCCACCGCCAAUUCAGCUUAAUGAGCUCCUGCCACCAUCUGACGAUCCAACAACCCCACCUGCUCCAAUUCCAAUGGAAGAUCUACCAUACGAAGGGGGUCCACUAAAAAUGAGUGGAUUUAUGUAUCAUCCGAGAACUAAGAAAUAUUAUAAAAUGACAAAUGAUCCAUCACUGCCACAGGGCUUCUCAAAAGCCGAUUUGGAUCGAAUCGAGACGGCGAGAGAGGCCAAAAUUCAAGCGAAUCGCCCGAGAUUUACGUCUGGAUCUUUUAUUAAGAGACCCGUUUUUAAGCCGAUUACUACGCUUCUAGAUGAUCUCACUCUUGGCCGUUGUACAAUAUCUCGAAUGGAACGACACGUCCAUGAGAGUCGCCUUCUAAACUGCCAACCCCGCCCGUCUUUCACAAUAAGAACGCCAAUUGAUCACUAUAAUGUCGCCGGAUGCGAAUUUCUAGACGUUUCUGAUACCGGCGAUCGAAUUGUGGGCACUUUUACAUUGAAUCCCAAUGGACCAACGCAAAAACAUUCAGCGGUUUACGUAUUCGAAGUGGAUUCCAUCGGAGAUACUAUUCAAUCUGAAUCAGAACGUCGUGAAGCCUAUAACCUCCUCCCAGUCCGGUCCCGCCCACCAAACAAAGGAUUCAACACACUGGGUCUUACUGUACAACCGAUGGUCAAUGACGAUGGAAUUCCGGAUCAGCCAUCCUAUGUGGAUUACGCAGUCACUAGAUACGAGUCAUUUAUUGUGGAUCAAACAUUGGCUAGAAUUGAUUCAGAUGUCACUUGUAUGCUUACAGUAACCGCUAGCGAUUCGAUCAAUCGCUACGGUACCGUCUGCUCCCACUGCAUCGUCCAUCUGGAACCCCUUGCCGAACUAUCGGAUCCCGAGUCCAUCCCCACCCUCUCCUCCCCAAUCUACAACAAACGAUGGCGUGAAAAAGGAAACAUCUGGAGCGUUGGAUGGAAUGGACCUCAAAUGUCAAUCGGAUUCGGACUGGAAUCCUGUUUCCGAAUGGAGAACCUCCUGACGGAUCGUAGUUUUCUGAUGUCGAGCAAAAAGAGAAAUGUUCUGAGUCAUUGUUUCUCAGGAGACGGAAAUUUGGUUUAUAUGGGACUCAGACAUGAUAAUGUGAUAAAAUCAGACCUCCGAAUGAAUAGAGAUCAUAUCACUGGACAGCUGAAUGGAGCAAUGAACACCACGUUCGUCAAGGUGCUGGAGAAGACCCGUCCGGAGUGUGUUGUGACUGAAGGAUUCGAUUCCAUCGUGAGAAUUUGGGACUUCCGGUGGCCGAAGAAGCCGACGAUGGAAAUGCACGGACAUCGCAAUAAUUGCAAUCGUUUAAAUGUGUUCUUUGAUAAGGAGGAGAGAUUUGUGUUUGCAGCUGGUUCCGAUGGCUGGGUCCGUGGAUGGUCCCUAAUCUCCAGUGACAUGCUGUGCUCCAUCAAAUCUCCCAGCCCACAGAAUCCCAUUUUUCCACGUGCCGUCUAUUCGGAUUGUUGGGGCGGUCGACCGGGAAACGCGGCCCUGAUCGUGGCCGUUGGCGACAGUAUGAGAGUUCACUCAUUGGAACUUUAG